AUGGAAAGACUUGAUGGUUCUGUGAAUCUUAUGGUAGUUUCAGAUCUUGACAUGACAAUGGUUGACCAUGAUACUCAUGAUGACCACAUUUCGCAGUUAAGGUUCAAUGCAUUGUGGAACUACCGUCACAAUUCUUUGUUAGUUUUCUCGACGGGGCGUGCACUUGAAGCUUACAAGGAUUUGAAGAAAACCACACCAAUGUUAACUCCGGAUAUAAUUAUAACGUCUGUAGGAACUGAGAUGGCAUAUGGCGAAUCAAUGGUACCAGAUAUUUACUGGGAGAAAUUUCUUAAUCAAAACUGGGACAAAGACAUUGUCAAGGAGGAAACACGUAAAUUUCCUCAACUCAAAUAUAAGAAAGAGACACGUCAAACACGAUACAAGGUUAGCUUUUAUGUAGAUAAUAAGGAGAAAGUCGAGGAGGUGACAAAGGCUCUCUCAGAGUGUCUUGCAAAACGUGGGUUAGACAUAAAGAUAAUUUUUAGUGGAGGCCGUCGAGGCCAUUCUUUAGAUGUUUUACCAAAACGUGGAGAUAAAGGACAUGCGCUUGUCUAUUUGCUGAAGAAAUUUGGUGAUGGAAAACAACCCCGUAAUACUCUUGUUUGUGGUAAUUCUGGCAAUGAUGCUGAGCUCUUCGCCGUUCCAGAUGUAUAUGGUGUCAUGGUUUUUAACGCCAAGGAGGAGCUUCUGCAGUGGCACACUGAAAACGUGAAGAACAACCCUAAGAUAAUCCAUGCAACUGAGAGGUGUGCUUCUGGAAUCAUUCAGGCCAUUGGUCAUUUCAACUUGGGACCAAACCUUUCACCCAGAGAUGUUAUGGAAUUCCCAGAAACAAACCUUUCCCACACAAAUCCUGGUCACGAAAUGGUAGAAUUCUACUUGUUCUACGAGCAAUGGAGACGUGCAGACUUUGCUAGCUCCGAACAACAUAUUCUAAACUUGAAAGCAAUCUGUAACUCGUCGGGAGUCUUUGUCCAUCCGUCUGGACAAGAGCAGCCGCUUCAUGAGUCUAUUGAUCAACUUCCUAAGUUUUAUGGAGACAAGCAAGGAAAAAAGUUCCGGAUAUGGGUGGACCGAGUUACCUCUGCAUAA